AUUAAUGCUAAAAAGAAAAUUACUUUCCAAAUGCGAGAGAAAGAUUAAAGAAAAUGAAGAACAGAAGCAGAGGAAGAUUAAGAGAAAGGAUUUGAAUCCUAGAACCCAAAUAUCAAAGAAAAGAACUUUCUCAAACCCUCCUUCUCUUUCUUUGUAACUUCGUAUUUUUAUCUAAGAUUGCUUUGUUGCCUAAGCUUUCUGUGUGUUUCGUGUCAUAUAUAUGUUCUUUCAUUUCCGAGGAUUAGCAAUAUGUAAACCUUCUCUAAGCUUAAACCCUUUUGUUUUUGAGCUAUGAAUUUCUCAAAUUCUAGCCGUUAAGAGUUCUCUGAAAUCUCUGAAUUGACACAAAAACCCAUCUCACAAUUUCAGGCUUCUUUUUGGUUUCGUUGUCGUUUCCUCAUUGCCCUUUUUUUUCACAUUUUCACUGUCAAAAAUUCUCUCUUUGUUGUCCAUUUUGUAUUUGUUUUAAUCAGCAUUUGAUUUGAAAAUUUUUUCCUAUUCUCUUUUAAUAGAAUCCACGUACAAAACACAUGGUUCUGGUCUUCUUCUGGGGGCUUCUGACGAACAUUUCUCUGUUUUUUUCCGUGUAACUCUACGUAAAUCCCCUGUUUUUUCAAACUCAUGAUCUUUUUCCACUUUUCAAGUUUGAUUCAAAACGCAUUUUCCAAAAUCGGUUACUUCCACCGUCUUUAGUAUUCAUUUUUUUGUUAAUAAGUUCAGUUGGCAUCAUUCUUUCGGUUUUAUCUUGAUUUGUUCUGUUCUGUUCUGUUUUCGUUUCUCCGUUAAUGUUUCUUCCUUAACUGCUUUCUCUAUCCCAAGGGCUGUUUCUCGGCAGUGGUCCUUGUUGGUUCUCCAUACACCGCCAUAAGUAUAAAUUUCUCUCUCCUCUGCUUUUUUAUUUUUUUUAAUACCUUUUGGAUAUUCAUUGAGAUUCUUCUGCUCUCUCUCAGUCUAUCUCAUAACAGCGCACAUCUCGAUCUCAAAAUAUCAAUUCCGUGGGAUUAAAUCGCAUAUUUUUCGCUCUUUCUGCGUACCCACAUACCAAAAGCCAUUGCUUUCCCUCUCUUUCUCAUAAACCUCUCUGACACAACUCUCAAGUCUCACCCUUAGCAGAGAAGAGAGAAGACGAAAAAGGGGUGAAUUUUGAUCAAUAAAUAAUCCAUUUGACAACUUUAUCAUCCUUUUAGCGCAAUUCCCUUUCCCCCUAAAUUCUCCACUAAAAUGGGUGGUUCUUGGUUUCUUAGAUGGGUUUUGCUUUUAGGCCUAUUGGGAACUUGUGUUUACGGUCUGGGGAUUAAUUGGGGAACCCAGGCUACUCACAAAUUACCACCAAAGACAGUGGUGCAAAUGUUGAAGGACAAUGGGAUCCAAAAAGUGAAGCUUUUUGAUGCAGACCGAAACACCAUGAGUGCACUUGCUGGAAGUGGUAUUGAAGUCAUGGUGGCUAUACCCAAUGACCAACUGGCUGCCAUGAAUGAUUACAAUCGUGCCAAGGAUUGGGUCAAGAGGAAUGUCUCAAUCUACAACUUCAAUGGAGGGGUUAACAUCAAGUAUGUUGCAGUUGGUAAUGAGCCUUUCCUCACAUCCUACAAUGGGUCAUUCAUAAACUUGACCUUCCCAGCACUUCAAAACAUUCAAAAUGCCCUCAAUGAAGCUGGGUUGGGAGACUCUAUAAAGGCCACUGUACCCCUGAAUGCUGAUGUCUACAACUCACCCGAUGACCAGCCUUAUCCAUCCGCUGGAAGAUUCCGCAGUGAUAUCAGUGACCUCAUGAGCCAGAUCAUUCAGUUUCUGAAUAAGAAUAAUGCACCUUUCACAGUGAACAUUUACCCUUUCCUAAGUCUCUAUGGAAAUGAUAACUUCCCUAUUAACUAUGCUUUCUUUGAUGGAGCAUCACAACCCAUUGUAGACAAAAGCACUGGGAUUCAGUACACCAAUGUUUUUGAUGCUAACUUCGACACCUUGGUCACAGCCCUCAAAACAGUAGGAUUUGGAGAGAUGACCAUCAUAGUUGGGGAGGUAGGUUGGCCCACUGAUGGGGACAAGAGUGCAACUAUAAACUAUGCUUACAGAUUUUACAAUGGGCUGUUACCGCGACUUGCAAGCAGUAGAGGCACCCCGCUUCGACCUGGAUACAUAGAAGUUUACUUGUUUGGUCUUCUUGAUGAAGAUGCAAAAAGCAUAGCUCCUGGAAAUUUUGAGCGCCAUUGGGGAAUCUUUCGGUACGAUGGCCAGCCUAAAUUUGCAUUAGAUUUUACUGGUCAGGGUCAGAACAAGUUUCCUGUGGGUGCACAGAAUGUGCAAUAUCAACCAUCAAAAUGGUGUAUGUUUAAUCCAAAUGCCAAGGACCUUAGCAAGCUUGCAGAUAACAUAGAUUAUGCUUGCACUUUUUCAGAUUGCACGGCGCUUGGAUAUGGCUCCUCUUGUAAUGGCUUGGAUGCUAAUGGAAAUGCUUCAUAUGCAUUCAAUAUGUACUUCCAGGUACAGAAUCAGAACCCCAUGGCCUGUAAUUUUCAAGGUUUGGCCAUGGUUACUUCACAGAAUAUUUCACAAGGGACAUGUAAUUUUAUCAUUCAGAUUGCUUCAGCUUCCUCUCUUGUUCGCUCCUCAUUAUUGGGUUUAGCAUUUGUAACAUUAGUAACAUAUUUAUUGUUAUAGGUUUUUGUUUGUAGAUACCUCGGAUGUACUAUUUACAUACAUUUUUUUUUUGAAUUUUUUGCUUUAUGAAUUUGGAUUACUUUAUCCAUUCUUUGAAUAAAAUUUCAGAGAAUUUUAUUAA